UUUUUUCUCUGGUCUGAAAUCUUCAACUGUUUAAAAGAAAGAAAGUCUGAAAAUGAGCUCUGAGCUUUUUCUGGCACAUCAUCAUGUCGAACAAAAUAGAGGGCUUCAACUUCGAUCAGAGGCAUGGCAAGCAGAGGGUGAGGGUGGCUAGGGUUUGGCGGAGCGAAAAUGGACGCCAUUCCAUCGUCGAAUGGAACGUCGGCAUCAGCCUCCUCACCGAUUCGGUGGUUGCCUAUACCCGCGACGACAACUCCGAUCUCGUCGCUACCGAUACCAUGAAGAACACUGUAUAUGCAAAGGCUAAGGAAUGUGUAGAAGAACUGUCAGUGGAAGACUUUGCAAUUCGACUUGCUAAACACUUCACAUCUCUUUACCAGCAGGUCACUGCUGCUAUAGUAAAGAUUGUGGAGAAGCCAUGGGAGCGUGUAUCCAUCGAUGGUCAACCACAUGAACAUGGUUUCAAAUUAGGAUCCGAGAAGCAUACAACAGAGGUAAUUUUAAAGAAAUCUGGUGCAUUGAAGGUGACUUCUGGUAUUGAAGGACUGGCUCUGCUAAAGACAACAAAGUCAGGUUUUGAGGGAUUUAUUAGGGACAAAUACACAGCUCUUCCUGACACGCGUGAGAGGAUUCUGGCUACAGAUCUCACUGCAUCAUGGACGUAUCCGUACGAAUCUAUUUAUAGCAUCCCUCAAAAGCCACUAUACUUCACAGAAAGAUACUUGAGUGUGAAAAAAGUUCUGGCUGACACUUUCUACGGUCCUCCAAAAGGAGGAGUAUACAGCCCCUCUGUCCAAAGCACUCUUUAUCACAUGGCAACAAAUGUUCUCAAGGGGUUUCCUGACAUAGCAACAGUACAACUGAAAAUGCCAAAUAUUCAUUUCUUACCUGUUAAUCUAUCUAACAAGGAUAAUACUAUUGUGAAGUUUGGGGAUGAUGUUUAUCUCCCAACAGAUGAACCGCAUGGAUCGAUAGAAGCUACUCUAAGCCGUUUCUGGUCAAAGAUGUAGUGCUCGCUUUUCACAAUGUGUGCAUUUUUAUGUUUUUAAAGACACAGAGCGGUUUUUGCUCAAUGUUUGAAACUACAUUAUAUCAUCUUGCUUGAUCUUUCCUCCACUGUAAACUGAGGUAGCCUACAUAAUGCUUUCUCAGGAAGACUUGGUCAUGCCUCGAAGUCACAGAACUCGGAAAAGUUGUGAAAUGUGAAUAGAAAUAAGAAUGGGAUCUAUGAAUGUUUUUCAUUUA